AAAAAACGAAAAGGUGGCGAAAUACAUAAUAUGUUGUAAUGUCAUGUCGUCUAUUGUAAUUUUUGAUUGAAAAAUACUUUAAAAAAAAACCUUUAGAGGGUUUUGAGAAUGUCUUAUUUGUGUGUUUUCAGUAAUUUUACGUAACGUGAUAUUUUUGAUUACUGUGUAUUUUCGUAGGUGAGUUACACCGUAAUGUGAUAAGUUAUGAUUAUCAAAUUGAUAUUGGGCUGUUUGUGUAAAGGCAGGCUAGGCGCCAAACAAACUUAUGCCUUGCGGAGAUGGUUAUUAUAUUGCGUUUUUAUAUGCAAGCCUGUCUUGGUAGGCAGGCUGAGAUCUUAAGAACAGUGAAAACGACAACCUAGGACAAAUAAAAUGAUUUUCACAUCGAAAGUUUUUCGACGUUAAAAUUACAAUUUUUACCAAAACUUUAAGUGUAAAAAGUAGAAUCUUUACUCUCGAGGCAAACCACCUAUAUAAAUGAUAAAAAUAUGAGCAAAAACUACUUAAUACUGUUAACUCUUUAGCGCGUUAUCUGUCUAAUACAUUUUAUAUUGUUUAGAGAAUGCCAAUGGCAGUGAAAAGGUUUAUUUGUAAUCUUCUGCUUCUGUUGAAUAUUUAUGCAAUUUCAGAGACGUUAUCUUGGAAGGUUUGGCUAAAGAACUCCACGAAACAGCAUCAAAAUAUUUCAUGCGAGAGGGGUAUCUUCACAAAAACUUACGUGGAUAAAGACUUGUUCUUCCAUGAAGCCUCGAUGAAGCAACUUCAACAGAAAUGUUCAUCGCGUUCUUUUUUGUGCAACAGUGCGAAAAUUCAAUUGCAAUUUAUGACAGAUGAGCACACGUCGGUGCCACAUACAAAUAUAAUUAUUUUAAACCUUUCAACCAAUGAAAAUCAAGAUUGUUGGGGAUAUAUUGCAGAAGUCCAAGGUUCGUCACACAUUUCAUUUCAAUACAUAAAUGUCUACAAAAAGGCAUCAAGAAUUGAACUUAUUAAAAAAGUGGAGUUUAAUUCUACAUAUGUAAUCAGCAUCACCUCCAUACCUGCAAAUAUUAAAGCACAACUUACGCUGAACGUACCAAACCAAUGUGAAGUAGACGCGCUGCUGGAAUUGCAUCAUAAUUUUCCAUCACUAAUUGACUCAACAUGUCAUGUAAAGAAACUUCAAAAUCAAUACAGUGCAUUUUCCCAAAAGAGACGCAUUGCCAAACAGCUCUGCAACAUACAUCCAGAAUCUGGUCAGGAUAGGUUUAAAGCUUUGCAAAAUGUCAGACGAACUUAUUGUGAUUAUAAUUUGGAAGGUUUUAAUAACAAAAACAAAAAUGAGGAGGAGGACAAAAAUAUCUUCAAUGUUGAUAUUCCACUAGCCUUUGUCAUCCUUUCGCUCACAUUGAUCAUUUUAAGCAUUACAUUUGUAAAAAUGUUUAAACAUAUCUCCAUAAAAUUGUUUUCCAAUAUGAGAAGUUCAAGUACUCUACUCUUAGAGGAAAAGAAUGUGCGUUCAGUGUUGAUUCUUCAUCGGUCUGGUUGUGAUAUUCUAGAAAGAUUUCUUCGUGAUUUUGCCUACAUUCUCACCAUCCAUGACAUUGAAGUGCGAACGACAUUGUUAGAGCAAUCAACCUUAGAUUCUGCAGGUGGAAUAGCUUCAUUCCUGCAGAGAAAUAUCCAAUCCUGUGACUAUAUAUUGAUUUUAAUUACAGAGCAAAGAAAAGAACCUCCUUUACUGAAGCAUAAACCGUACGAAUUUGCUCUUCAAAUCAUCAGUGGAAUAGCAUUAAAUACCAAUAAUUGUUCUAGAUAUUUCCCACUUUACUUAUCCUCUUACCAAGAGACAGUGAGCUGGUUUCCAAGUUUUUUACUUGCUGCUAAACAUAAAGGAUUUAAAAUACCUGACGAACUGGAAAAACUAUUGAGAGUGCUGAAUGGUAAAAUAAGCAACCCAGAUAACAAACACGUCAUUAUUCUCAACAGGAUGAAAACGCUAGCAAAAAAGAUGAAAGAAAAGGAACACUUGUGCUGCUUUCGAGACAAAUGCGAUAAGGGUAAACGAUUUAUCAGUGCAAGCAGCUUGUGUUCGGUUUGGCAAUCCGUUGAUUCUAUAUGCAGCAGAGUAUUAAAUGAGAGAAUAAAUUUAGAGACAGACGUUAUGUCACAUGCGUCGCAGAUCUCAAGCAACAGUCACACAUAUAAAUGGAACAGUGUGUAUAAUUUAAAGACACAUGUUAUCUAACAAGAGUUCUGCAAAGAAUUUAAAAGUGAGAGAGCUUAACAAGUCAUGUAUAAAAUUGAUUUAGCUGAUAUUUUUUACUUUUUGUAUUUAUUUAUUCACUUAUUCACUUACUUA